AUGGGGGGGUGGCCACCGGAGACGCAAGCCAGCGAAGUUCUCCAGAAGGCGAAUGAAAUGGCUCGAGACUUGCAACUGCAGCUGAACAUGUCCGACGCUUUUGUACCGGGAGUUCCCCGGGGCUUUGUUUUGAUCCCCACGACGCCACAGGAAGGUGAGAGCGAGGAAGAAAAACUAGGUGACCUUGUCAUGCGUCGCAUCGCCAAGCAGGGCGGCAUGCCUUGGGUGUGCAUUGAGCAAUCGAACGGGGUGAGACAAGGUAGCCCCGACAGCCCAGUCUUGUUCGCUGCUGAGAUCGGGGAGCAUGAGGCCCUAGGUCCACCUCCGCACUCCGGAGCCGCGUUCAUGGAUGAUACUUACCUCUGGGGUGAGUCCCCCAUCUAUGUUCAGCAGAUUCUCGCUGAGCUCGAGCGCCACUCCGUCAAGCCUGACGGCCCAGACGACAUUAUGAUCAUCCUCGGUGCUCCUGUCUCCAUGUCUGGGGAAAUUUCCCCAUUCGUAGCGGAGAUGCAGGAAGUGCUCCGUGCUCUCAGCUUCGGGCUGCAGCGAAAGGCCUCUACUCUUAGCCUGCCCCACCCUCAGCCUCCGUUGACAGCAUGGGCCCAGCGCUGGACCGACGCCGAUGCAGGAGCAAGACGAGCGUGCUUUUCUUGGUGCUUAGCCUUUGGGGUUCGGCACUUGUUUGGCGCGGGUUUGCAGUCCAGUAGCUCUGACAGUGACCUCGAUGUACCAAUGGCUCCCCCUGAAGAUGACCUGGCGCCCGAGAACAAUGACGACACUGAGGACAUCGUGGAGGUGGUCGACCUCCCGGUUACACGCCAGGGGGGUACCCCUUCUUUGCCCAAACGGUGUCGGGCUUGCACCCUCAUGCUGUCCUACCUGGAGUACAAGACCCUGCUGUACCAGUACAUCGACACCUACAGCCUCCGGCCGCAUUACCUGGAGCCCACGUUCAUCACCAUCACCAGCAGGCCAGCGCCGCUCCCCAACCUUUGCAUAAUGCAGUGGCAAAAUCACAACCAGCGCGACCUGGCGAUCCCGCUGUUCUACCACAAGCCCGCGAAGAACAUGCCGUACAUGAUCCUGACGUACCACUACAGCAACCUUCUUCAGUGGCCCAUGCAACAGCAGCGAUGUCAAGUUCAACAUGGAGUACGCCUUCGCAUCCUCUUCCCGCCCAUCCGACCUAUCGCAUCGGCUACGCCCGUGCAUACGACGCAGACGCCGACCCGUGGCAUGAUGCCCAGAGUCCAUCGACGCAGCGAACGGAACCUACGCUUCUUCUACCACAACAACCUGACCGUCAUCUACAAGGGGGUCAGCCUCUACCUGAAGCCGAGCCAUCUCGCCGGGGUGCGACCCCAGGAUUCCGAGAUCGAGUGGGAGAGCGACACGGAUGACGAGCAAGCAGAUACCGAGCAUGACCCACCAGCCGUUGAUCAAAGGGGAAGCAAACCCCAGCGGAGGAACGUGGGUGGCCUGGUGGCCUCACAAACCUGCUUGGUUGACGUGGCGGGGACGACAAGCCGCCUAGGUCAUCCCACCGAGCAGACACACCUCCGGAACCACAUCAGGGGGAUGACGGAGGACAUCACGCCCGUGCAGCACAACCCCGACAGCCGCAGCAGCACAACCACAGCCAGCAGCGCCAGAGUACAUGAGCCCAUCAUUGCGGAUGUCGACCCGGGUGACUUACUGUUCUACCAACCACCGCCGAGGCCCGAUGGCUCACAGCCUCCAGAAGAGGUCAGCGGCAUAGAGCACCCGGAGGGCCUCUCCGACUUGGAAGCACAUGCAGCAAUUGCCGUGACGCAAAGCCGAGCUCCCCAGUGGACUGCCACGCGAAACACAGAGCCGAUGCGCAGCACAGUGCGCUCUGGCGCCAACACACAAGACCUUUCGUGGUUGGCGGGGGCGUCCCCGACCACACUGCCUCCUGUCUUUCCACUUCGGCAACGCAGUAUUUUGACGCUGCGAGGAGUUGCAACAGGAGCGUGGCGAGGCACGGUGACCGAUCUACGCCCUUGGCAGAUCGCUAAGCACCCGCGAAGACAUGGACAAGAACCCACGCUCGUCAUCUACAACACCCAGCCACGCUUCGACAACGACAUCGAGAUCUUGGGGGGCUACUCCAGCAUUCCCGAGCCGGGGAAUACCCCCUUGGAGUCACAAGAUGGUGUUCAGCCAACUCCGACUUUGACGCCUGGCGCCCAGCAGCCCAGCCGUCAAAUGACACAACAGAGUGGAGACGCGAUCUCCGAGUCGGAAACCAGCUGGCCCAGUGAAGACCCGCCGCCACCACCUCCACAUCAUCCUUCUGCAGAUGACCCGGUGCUGUUGCAGAGGGGCUUCCGCCACCUACAACCGACGGUGCCGAAGCCGAGCCGAGAAGGGGACGACCUGACCUCUUUCAUGCAACGAGGGGCACCUGAUGCACCGCCGGCUCACUCAGCCAGCAAUGCCCCUGCUCUCCACUCCACAUGGACAUCACCUGCACUGUCAGCUCAAAUCGUGCAGCUGCAGCAGGAGAUAGCGCAGGGGGGCACCUCUGUCCUCAAAGUACUCCGACUCCUACGAGCCCUCCUGAGCGACCUUCUACGACAAUCGCACCUUCAACCGCGAGAAGAUGUCACAGAGUUGGCGUACCAGGCUUGCUACUACCUGGACAAACUGCAAACGGUGGACGAGAGAAAGCGGAACAAUGCAGGAACCGAUGGAGCCGAUGGUGCAGGCAGGACCGGGGAUGUCCCCGAAGAAGUCGUCCCGGAGCACAUGGCCCCGACCGAGAUCUACUUCUUCAUGAACAACCCCCUUGUCGAGGCAGAAGCGACUUUGAGCAACCUGGUCUUGCACCACAAUGAGCUCCCCGACCGGCACCUUCGUAAGGAAAUAGGGAGGAUCGAGACCCUUUUACUUGAAGGGCAGCAGAUGCUGCGUAGCUGGGGGCGUGCUCCCCAUGCCCCUGGUGCACAAGCCGGGGACACGAGCCUCGGCACAGCGUUGCAGUGUCUCACAUUCAGCCACCUAGCAGUCAGGGAAGGGGGCGUUGCGAGCAUCACGGAGGCGCUCACUGAGACCCUCCACGCUACCAGCCGUGCCAGUGGACACAUGGACCUGCUCCUGGAGUGGAUCCAAACGAGAUGGGAAACCAUGAUCCAGCUCUACCUGCGCGAGCUCCUGCUGAACUACAUGACCGCCGCCAUGCUCAACCACAAGCCGCGGGGCGAGGGGAUGCAAGCCGAGACGAGGCCCGAGACUUUCGACCUGGCGAACUUCAUGGAAUCGGAGGGGGAGCCACCCCUAGUGCUACAUCGCACCGGCGCAGGUGAGGUGACGAGGCUGAAAGAGAUCAAGGCACCUGUUAGAGAUGCACAGACUGUGGCUGAACAUGUGGUGAGCAUGCUUUUGAUCGUUUCGACGGAGGGUUUGUCGGGCAGGGUCUGCAUUCUUCCAUUUCUUGGGGCGAUUUUCCACGAAGCUAUGAGCAUUGGCUCGGGCCGGGUGUACACGCCCACCCCUGCCGAGGCCGCUGUCUGCGGGGCCUAUCCGUCUGGUCCCUUUCCAGAUCUCAGUGCCAGGACCUCCACCUUCUACACGCCGGAGCCAUCCGCAAGGUCUUCUGACUUUGCAUCCUUCUAUGAUGCCAGUUCGUCGGUGGGCUCAGCUCGCAUAGCUGAGCUCGGAAGCUUAUAUGAGCAUGGUCUCACCCACAGCCAGCCACUUCAACGCCGAGAGGCUGACAGACGCAAGCAGAAAGCUGUUAUGGCGGCAGCAUUCGAUGCGUUUGCGCCGUCUGCUGAGCCCGGUAGGAGCCCGCCACCGCCACCAGGUGCGGUGAGGGAGCAGGUCGAGGAAGGGGUGUCUUUGGAUCCUCGACAGGUGUACAGUGCGGCCAGACACGGGAGGCACAAGGAGGUGGAAGCGGCCCUGUUGGCCGGCUUUAACCCCGACUAUGCAGACUCGUUCGGCAAUCGACUCUUCCAUGUCGCCUGUCAGAACGGCAACAAAAGGAUAUGCAAGCUUGCCAUCAAGUACGGUGGCGACAUGGAUGCACAAAAUGCCAAGGGCAAUACUGGCCUGCACUUUCUUUUCGCAUAUGGCUAUGCGGAUAUUGCGGAGUAUUUCAUUGAAAAGGGUGCAGAUGAUACAAUUGCUAAUGAGACUGGCAAGACAGCCAGAGAAGGCAUUCGCUGA